AUGCACCUCAUCCUUACCGGAGCCACUGGCCUCAUCGGCUCGAGUGUGCUCGAUGCCAUGCUGAAAAUGACCGAAGUCACAAAAAUCUCGAUUCUCAGCAGACGACCUGUCGCGAUGGCUGAAGACGCAAAAGAUCCGAGGGUGAAAGUCAUCAUCCACAAGGACUUUUCCAACUACGACUCGGAAGUGCUCAGCAAGCUCCGAGGCGCGAGUGGUGCAGUUUGGGCCCUUGGAGUUAGCCAAACAAAGGUUUCAAAGGAAGAGUUCAUAAAGAUCACAAAGGACUAUCCUCUUGCAGGCGCAGAAGCCUUCUCCACGCUUCCUGCCGACAACGAUCCGUUUCGAUUCAUCUUCGUGUCCGGCCAAGGAUCGACUCAGACGCCUAGCCGAUUCACCAGCCUCUACGGCAGAACCAAGGGAGAGACCGAAGCGGCGUUGUCCCAGAUGCGCAUCACCAACCCUCGUUUGUUGGCGGAUGCCGUAGGGCCUGGCUUUGUAGAUGGUAAGGACCACACAGCUAUUCAGCCGUAUCUUCAGAACCAGGGCCUUUUCGUUGACGGCAGCAAAAUGUUGCUGAGAAAGCCGAUUGAAGUGGGCGUCAAGUGGCUGCACUGCCCGAGCGAGCCAAUGGGGAGGUUUUUGGUUGGAAUGGCUUUGGGAAAAUACGAAGCACAGCUGCGAAGUGGAAGUGUUGAUUUGGUGACGCUGAAUGGCGGCUUGAGAAUCAUCAAGAACGUGGCGAUGAAGCAGCUGGUUGGACUCGACGAU